CUCCAAAAGAUACAUCAGUUCAAACAGACAGCUGCCUUCAGACCAGGAUUCAGCUCCAGGUUACAGACCUUCAGGUAAAAGUGUUUCCUGCCACAGAGGGACAGAAAGUAACUCUGAUGUGUUCAACCAGCUGUUAUGGGACUGAAAGCCCUGCAGCUAUCAUCUGGUACCAGAACAGCGAGUUCCUCUAUGAGGACUGGUCCCCCUGGUACCAAGAACUGGUCACCAGUGAUCCGGCAGUCAGAUACUCCUGUGCUAUCAAAGGCUACGAGGAUUUCAGAGCUCCUGAGGUCUCAGUGGAUUCUGUCACACGGAGCUGCUUCAGUGUGACCUACGCUGGAGGCACAAUGUGUUCCUACAGCCAGACGUCAGAGGAGCAGCCCUGCUCCAUCACAUUUCCUACAGAACUUUAUGUUGAAACAAAGGACUCAGCUCCUGACCAUUUCAAGAUGAUCUGUAACUCCAGCUGUUCUCAGACUGACUUUCAAGUCCUUCAGUUGUAUAGAAACACACAAGAUGGUCUACAGAAAGCUGAUCAAACCACUGUAUUUACCAGCUCAUCCAUAGAGAUUUUUUUCUGUUCUGUGAAGAAUCCUGAUUAUCUGCUUUCUGAUCAAGUUUGUCUUAAUGGUUCCAACUGCUGGACUGUGAACUAUGUGAGCAGGAGAAUCUGUGGCCUGAAAGGUUCAUCAGUGAACAUCUCCAGCAAAUACUCACUUCCUGAAAACAUGCAGGUACAGGCUAAACGCUGGUAUAAAGUGAAGAGAAAUGCAAAGCAGGAAGUCGAACAGCUGGUGAAGGAUGAAGGUGAUGUGAAGUAUCAGGAUAACAUGGGGAACAAACACAUCCUCAGAUUAAACAACCUGGAUCCGAAGGACUCAGGAGAAUACAAGUUCAGAGUGGAACUAAAGGAUUAUGACCUGGAAAAGUAUGUUUAUCCAGGAGUUACUCUGAUCGUAACAGAGCUGCGGGUGGAUCUGAGACCUGCUGCAGAGGUGACUGAGGGUCAGAGAGUCACAUUAACCUGCAGCACCAGCUGUCCUCUCAGUAAAAACACAAAGUACAUUUGGUAUUUGAACAGCCAGCCUCUGAGUCUGACAAAAACACACAACAAGCAGCUGAUUAUAGAUGCAGUCAGCAGUCAGGAUGAAGGAAACUACUCCUGUGCUGUUGAAACGAUCAGCUCAGCUGCAAAGACUCUGACUGUCCAGAGAAGAACAGCAAACUGGAGAGCAGCAGCUGCAGGAGCUUCUGCUGCUCUCCUGGUUUUUAUUCCUCUCGUUGUCUUCAUGAUAUGGAAAUAUAAAACUUCUCAUCAGUCUUCUACAAAUGAAUCCGUCAACAAUACAGAUGAGAUAAACCUGGGACAUACAGAGUACAAUAAGAAUAUGGGUGGGAUGGACCUGCUGGAGUCUCUCAUUGCACUGUACCGCAACAAAAUAAGGUUGAAGAAGUGGUAUCACGGGCUGAUGUUACACUUUAUUGACAUGAUGAUCGUGACUGCCUGGCUGCUCUACAAGAGAGACUGCAACACCAAUGGGAUGACAAAAAAGGAACAGAUGAAGCUUUAUACGUUCAAGUCGUAUAUCGCAGAAAGCUUGUGCAGAAGUGGCAAGAAUCUGGAGCGUAAGAGAGGUCGUACCAGUUCCACAAUUGCUGGGGAGUAUGAAGAAAAGAAGAGAAGAGGACCCAUUACACCCAUUCCAGGCCCCGAUGUGCAUCUGGUACGCCACAUCCCACUGGAUGGUCAUGGAUGA